GGAGGCGCCUGGCGGGAGUUAUGAAUGACAGGACGACUAUUUUAUCCAUUUUCGCAAAACUGUAGGUGUACAAAUCUAGAUGCUGACCAACCAAUUGAGCACCAGGGAGCUCCUGGGCAGCAGGCGGUUUUACCGGCGGAACUCUCAGGGUGACCGGCCACAGUAUGGCAGUAACAGCCAGACCCAGUCCAGCCAGGCUGGCAGCUCCGAGGGCAUGUACUCACAGAUGGUGGAUUCUCAGAGCUCGGAUCUUCUGUUUCCCCAACAACAGGACUCUGAAGGGAGUGUGAACUACUACCAGAGGUACAAGGCCCAGAGUGCACUGUUCCCCACCCAAGGAGUCCGGCAGCCUAUUUCUGUGGUCAAGGGGUGUCCUCAGAUGAGCCUGCAGGAGCAGAUGGAAGUUAACAGGAAGAGGGCAAAAGAAAGGGAUGACAGGGAGAUCCUGAACUUGUUUGUCUCCAUGCUGAAGGACUGCGUAGAGGAGGUGAAAGUGCUGACAACUGGGAUUCAGGACAAGAUAGACAAGACAGCAACAACUCAAGGGGAGAAGGCUGAACAGCUGUUGCAGAAAGUCACUGAUGAGCUUGGAAAACAUGCAGGAAGACUGCAAGAUGCUGUGAAGAGGAGGGAAGAAGACAAGGCCAAGCUGAGUGAUCUAGAGAUUGCUAUGGCAGCAAAGGAUGCUGAGAUCUCUCAACUGAAGCAACAGCUGAAGAAAGCCCUUGCUGCCAAGGAGGACAACAUCAUAUCAACAUUGACUUCCACAAUGACUAAACAGCAGGAGUUGACAAGGGAGCAACUAUCAAAGUUAAAAGACAAGGAGAACGACAACACGGAGGUCCUGAAAGAGAGUAUCAGGUCAUGUGGAGAAAUUUCCAGGCAAUUGAAGCAGCUUGAACAGCAAACAAAAGAGAGGGAGGAGGCAGAAAAGAAAACCCAAACUCACAACUGUUGCAAGGACAAAGGAGGGCAAUGUGACAGCAACUACUCUGAGAAAAACAUGGCCACAAGUGACAACAGCAACAAAGAACAGAAUGUUUCUCAUCAGAACCAACAGUGGUCAACAGCUGUUGCUCAACGGGGACAGUGGUUUAAGAAGCAACAGAACAUUAGCACUGCUGACCCACUGCUCCAAAAUGUUCCUCUGAAGGAUGACAAAAUUCCUGUCAUUUUGGCAAAGCAACACAGUUAUGGUCUGCAACCAAACUUAGCUUUGUCCAGCAUUUAUACAGGCAACCAACUGUCCAGUGUACCAGCAGUAUCAGCAAAUACUUUGUACUCUAGCUACCAUCCCACACCUGUAGUAGUAAAUCCCACAACAGUACAGGUAGGCAUGUCUUCAGCCCUUACAAGGGCACAGACCGAACCUGGAGGGACGUAUGGUUUUGGAGGAGUAGCUGGCACACUGCAGAACCCACACAAGAAUCGGCUGCAGCAAAAUAUGGUGGAAAUAAAACCAAGGAAGCCUUGUAACCAAGAAAACAUUCUACAGCAAAAUAACAUACCAUCCACCAGGAUUGUGGGGCAAAAUAUGGACAUGGCUAAUGACAUCACAAGUGAACAUCCUGCCAAGGACAACAAUCAGCACCAAGGACAGCACCAAUGGCUCAGAGAUCCCAACUUUCAGUACCAUGGACAGACAAACAGACAUGAGUGGAAUGGACAUCAGAGCAGGGAACUGAGUGAAAUGACCAAUCAGAACCAAGGACAGAGAGGGUCAGAUGUAGACAAUGAAUAUGGAAUGCUUGCUGAGUUUGGUAAUCGACCGACCAAUCAGCAUCAGAGCACAACCAUGUCGAACUACCACCAGCAACAUGCACAGCUUCCACCCUUAUACGCAACUGCCACCUUACAGCCAAUCAACAAACAGGUCGGAAUGACACCUGAUGGCAAUGGUUUAGUCAGGGAUAAUGAAGUGUACCAACUGCAGGUAGGAGAUGCACAGCCCAUGUUUUCACCAGAUAUCAAGCAAGUCAAGUCAGGUGUGAGAAAGCAGUCACCCAUAGCAACAGUUCUCCCACAGGUUCGGACCAGGUCAAUGACACAACAAACACAAGAAGAAACAAAGAUGGAGGAUACCAAAGAGAAAGACAAAGAAAAGAAAGACAUAGAAGAAACAGUUGAACAGCAGGUCACUGUCACAAAAAGAGGGAGAAAGGGCAGAAAGAGACAAAAGCCAAUAAUCAAGGUAGAAGAACCUAGUCAAAUGGACAGUGAAGCAGUUGACAUCAGUCAUCUUCUUGGUAUAGAAACAGGCUCAUCUUUGACUGCAUCAAGGGAUAGUAAGAGGUCAAAAUCAGAAAACAGAGUGCAGUGUUAUCAGGGAAACAUGAAAAAGGAUAUAGUCAGCUAUCCGACUGCCAGCCCAUGUUCUCCAGACUGCCCACCAGUUCCCUUCCAGUCUUCUGAAGACUUGCCUGCUUGGAGACAAUCUGGUAGGUACAGGAAGAGAUCCCAAUCCUGCACAGAUUUGUCUAAGAGUGGGAGUGAGGUGAAGAAAGCAACAAUCAGCAGGGAUAAGCCUGCAAGUGUGGAGAAGAGGAGGGCAAAGAAGGUGGGAAACAAAACCCCUGCUAGUGCUAAGGGCUCAUACAAGGAUGAAACUCUUGCCACGUCUUCCACAGGGCAGCAACACAUGAAAAUAAGAAAAGCAAUACAGAUGUGGCAACCAAACUCCAGCAAAGAUGUGUCUAUAAUAACAGAUCUGAGUGCAUCUGUCUAUGACUUCAAUGAUGAUGAAGAUGUCCCAAGCAUGAAGCCGGCAAUUAGAAGUGCGAAGAGAGUGUUCAAACCACAAAACAAUAUUGAUACCACGCUGAAGUGUAUCGACACACCAGAAGUAACUGAAGAUGUCAAUUUAGAUAGUGACAAGAGGGACACAGUCAAGCAGUAUGUCAGCCCGUACUCAGAUGUGGAGGAGCCGGAGAGUGAUGACCCAUAUGAGGAGGAUGUUGAUGAAAGUGACGUUUCUCAAGAACCAAACCCUUUCAACAAAAAGCUGUCUAGAAACACAUUUGGCGAUUCACAAAUUCUGCAUUUCCAAGACAGUGAUGAGAACUUCAGCAACACGUUUGACGACAGAAGAGAAGGCACUUUUGAAAACGUAUUGCAAUUCUCAAAACAAAAGAACCCACCAUCUAAAAUACUGCAGUCUCAAGAUAGCGAGGAAGAGCCUAUUGGCAGUGAAGCAGAGGGUGUGACACAGGAGUCUGUUGACCCAUUGUCGUUAGACAUAUUCAGCCAAGAGAGGAAGAUUGAGAGUGACUCACCAAGUCUGAAGAAGACUCUUGCUAUUGCACAGAAGUGGGCAGCUGGGAAAUCAGCAAAGGCAAAGGAAAAUAAAUCACAAGUUGUCAGUGAUCAACAUCAGUUAGACAGUGACAGCUCCUCAUCUCCCUCUUUGUGGAUCAUGGAAGACUUCUUCCAACCAGGUUCGACUCGAGAUGCCAAGCCUCUUGUAUCCGGUAAUACAACUCAAGGUUCCAAAAGGAAAGGCCAGCUGACCAUGAACAUUAAUGACAUGGAUCCUGGUAGCUCACAAGAAGACAGCCAGUCUCAGAACUACUUCUCACUCAAAAUUCCAGACUCCCCAGUGAGGCCGCGUUAUGACCCAUGUAAUGAGCAGGUAGUACCAGACCAGUCACCUGUAUACGCUACACCACAGAGCAUACGUCUGCCUCCAUCACCUAAGGUGUCUCGGGGGUCAGGUCUGAAGAGGAAGUUGUGUGACAGCAGUGCCUCCUGGUUUGUGGAUGCCAGCAGGGCAUGCCUCAAGCAGCUCAGGAGUGGCUCCCAUAGGACAGCACACAAAUGA